UUUCUUUUUCUGAGUCGAAAAAUGGGCGAAUUGAUCAUUGCAUCCAAAUCAAUUGCUAUUAUAAAAGGUAGAAAUACCUCAGAUUUAGAUAGUGUGAGUAGGAAUGUAAAUGUAAGUUUUUGGCGCCAAAAAGGAAGAAGAGAGAUAACUGUAAAAUCAAUUGCCAAAAUGAGCAGCGGCGGCGGCGAUCGCCCGACGGUGAUGGUCACCAACGACGACGGAAUAGAUGCUCCAGGAAUUCGAGCUCUCCUUCAUGUCCUCGUCUCCUCCAAUCGUUUUAACGUCUAUGUUUGCGCUCCUGAUUCAGAAAAUUCUGCAGUUAGUCAUAGCAUCACAUGGCAAAAACCUCUAUUUGCCAAGCCAGUCGAAAUUGGCGGGACAGUUGCUUUUGCAGUUUCUGGUACUCCUGCUGAUUGUACAUCAUUAGGAAUUUCCAAAUCUCUAUUCACAUCAGUACCUGAUCUGGUUAUCAGUGGGAUCAAUAUGGGUAGCAAUUGUGGUUAUCACAUUAUAUAUUCCGGGACUGUAGCAGGGGCUCGAGAAGCGUUUUUAAAUGGAAUAGCUUCGAUCUCUAUAUCAUAUGAUUGGGUUGGAGGGAAAAGUACUAUAGAUGAUUUUAAACUUGCAGCAGAGGCGUGCUUGCCCAUAAUCUGUGGCCUGUUGCAUGAAAUCAAGAAAAAAACACACCCUCAAAACUGUUUUCUGAAUGUAGAUAUACCAACAGAUGUUGCGAAUCAUAAGGGUUAUCGACUUACGAAUCAGGGCAAGACUAUGGUAAAAAUGGGGUGGAGACAAGUUACUUCUGAAUCUGAAGGAGGGAAAAUGUUGUCAACUAUGACUAUGGAGACAAGUUCAUCAUCGGGUUCUGAAUCAACGUUUGCUAAUUUAAAGCAUGAACUUGCAUUCAAAAGAGAAGUGAAGGGAUCACAAGUUGACAAUAGUGAUACAGACUACAAUUGCCUUAGAGAAGGAUAUAUAACUGUGAGUCCUUUAGGAGCCUUGUCUCUCGCAGAGAUGGAAAGCCAAGCUUAUUUUAAGCAGUGGUUGGCAGGUGUUUCAGCACUGUAAAGAGUUUUCUAAAAGGUUCCUAGUCCUGUCUCGGCCUCUCUGGAUCUAGGAUGUAUGGAAGGAUCUAGAUGGUUCGCUUAUCAUUUCUGAUCACGAGAUCCCUUUUAAAGGUAUCAUCUUCCCCUAGUACGGGAUCACUUAUCAGCCUCACGCAUCCUUUAUUCAGUACCUAUAGUAGUUAAUCACAAUCUCAUUGGUCCUGUAAUUGGGACAAAUCUGAUUAGCCAUGUAUUGCAGAAUAUCUACGUUGGUUAUGGUAAAUAAAAAUUUCAAUAGCUCGUUUCUACCUGAGAAGUUUGUUAUGCCUUAAAAAAAUCAGUUUGCCGUUUCAUUUUCGUGAUGCAUCAAAAUUGUAGUGACUAUGAGUGACCUAACCAAUGCCUACAUGUCUAUAACAACAAUUAAUUUCAAUCGGAAGUAAGGACUCUUUUUACUUGGAAUAUGCAUAAGUGUAUUUGCUCGUCAAAUAUAUGCGAAAAUUUAUAGUCCAUUAGUAGCUAUUAUCAGUUGAGCUUCUAGCUCAUGAAUAUUUUGAAGAAAUUCUGCCAUUUACUGGAACUUCACAUGGUAGGUAGGCAGAGGAACUUCACAAGGUAGGUAGGCAGAUAGAAGCAAGAUAGCAAUGCCAAACUUCGUAGAUUAGAAGUUCUUAAAUUCAACAACUCGAUAACUUGAGUAAUUUGUGUUGGUGGCAUGUACAUA